AGGGUUUCUUUCUUUCUUUUUUUUUCAUGAGCAAUUUCGCCCUUCUAACGUUUUGCCGCCUCUUGGGUGUCUGCGCCAAGCGCCGCGAAGCAAAGCAGGAGGCGAAAAGAAAAGAACUGGAAGAAAAAAAAAGAAAAAAAGAAAAAGGAAGAAGAGGAAUGGCAGCACAAGAAGAAGUAAAGAAGAAAGCCGGCGAUCGUAAGCGGAAGCAAGUCUUCAUCUACGGCAACUACAAGAACUAUUACGGCUAUCGAAUAGAUCGGAACCAGAAGGAAGAUCCCCGACUCGCGGUUAUGAGGAGGGAAUGGUUCGAGGGAAAGGAUUGCCUCGAUAUCGGUUGCAACCAGGGGUUGAUAACCAUUGAGAUAGCAAAGAAGUUCUUCUGCCGAAGCAUUCUUGGAAUAGAUAUUGAUGCAGGUUUGAUUGAAGCUGCUAAUUGGAAUCUACGGAAGAUAUCUAGAAUAGAACAGAGAAAUCAUAGAUUGAAGGAGGCAUCUGAUUCACAGAUUUUAGAUGGUUCAAAUUAUUCAAAGCACAAGGUCUCUCGGGCUUCAGAUGGGGAAACAUUUCACUGUCGGCAUGAUGCCUCUUCUCUCUCAGAAGGCAAUCUUUUUAAAAGAGUUACUUUCCAAAAAGAAAAUUUUGUUGAGAGGAUGGAUGGAUGCUCAGAGAAGUAUGAUACUAUUAUUUGUUUAAGCGUAACAAAAUGGAUCCAUCUGAAUUGGGGUGAUGCUGGAUUGAUUACUUUGUUUGUAAAGAUAUGGAGACUUCUUAGACCGGGUGGGAUUUUUCUAUUGGAGCCUCAGCCUUGGUCUUCAUAUAAAAAAAAUCGACUAGUUUCUGAGACUGCAAGGGUGAACUACAAUGAAAUUACUCUUCAUCCAGGUGAAUUUCGAGACAUACUUCUAGAUAAGGUUGGAUUCAGAUCGGCAGAGAUAAUGACUGACAGUUUAUCGGGCACUGUUGUUGGGUUUGAACGGCCAAUUUUUGUCUUUCAUAAGUGACCAUGAUGGAAAUAAGCUAAUACAGUAGCCAGGAAACCCUUACCCUAAAUGUUUCUUAAAUAUCUGGAUUCAACUUUAUGAUGCUAUAUUUCUUAUUCUAAUUAAGGCUACAUUUUAGUGCCACUAAUUCUCAUUGUUUUCGAACCAUUACCUCAUAUUUGUGUAUGCCAUCGCACGCGUGUUUCCCUCCUGACCUUAUUCUGCUAGGCAUUCUCACCACCGUGAUGCUUGUAUCAGAUGCAUUUUCCUAAUGUUUUGAUCUGUACAGCUUUCAUUGCCUCAUCCACCUUAUAAACUUUUCUUUGCCAUGAGUUGCUCACUUUAACACCAGAGUUCCUUCUCUGCAUCAUCAUCAUCAUCAUCAACAUCCUUUUGUAUAAAUCCAAGACAGAUAAUGUUGAAGAAAUUGGCAGCUUAACAGUGGGUGACAUUUAAAAUUCUUCUACAUCAAUAAGUCACAUUUGGAUUGGUGAGCAAAUGCUUGAUUUGUUUUUGGAUGCUAUUGGAUCUGCAUCAUGAUACGAGUCCUUCCAGUGCAAAAUUCAAGCAAUGCAGAGCAGCAAUUAUCUUCAUUUGCGAGUACUAGUCUAUUAUAAAGAACUCAUUGGCAUGUACAAACUCAGGUGGACAGAGUUACAGUAUACGGCAAGAAAUUUGAACAAUAUAUAUUGUAAUCAUGUUGUUUAUUAUUUUUUGUACUUGCCCGCUGACAACUGAAUAUUGGUUGAUGAAUUCAAUGGGCAUAUGUACCGCUAGACACAGUUAUGGUAUACGGCGAGCAAUUUGGACUUGGCGUGAUUGCCGUG